CUCUCGCUCCCAUUAUUUAUCAUCGACCACCCACCAAAACAAGUAAAUCAUGGCUCGUGUCACUGGGUUGGUGGUCUCAUCGAUCUUGUUCCUGCUAUGCUGCGUUGCAGCGGGGUCAAGUUUCGAUGAAUCCAAUCUAAUCAAACUCGUAUCUGACCGUCUCCAUGACUUCGAAUCUUCUGUUGUUAAGGUCUUAGGCCAAUCUCGUCGGGCUCUCUCCUUUGCUCGUUUUGCUCACAGGCAUGGAAAGAGGUAUGAGACAGAGGGGGAGAUGAAGUUGAGGUUUGCAAUAUUCUCGGAGAGUUUGGAUUUGAUUAGAUCCACCAAUAAAAAGGGCUUGCCUUACACUCUUGGUCUUAAUCAAUUUGCUGAUUGGACAUGGCAAGAGUUCCAAAAGUACAGACUGGGAGCUGCCCAAAAUUGCUCUGCAACCACAAGGGGCAAUCACAAGCUUACCAACGCUGUUCUUCCUGAAACGAAAGACUGGAGGGAAGAAGGCAUAGUCAGUCCCGUUAAGAAUCAAGGUCACUGUGGAUCUUGCUGGACUUUCAGUACCACUGGAGCUCUAGAGGCUGCUUACCACCAGGCUUUUGGGAAAGGAAUCUCUCUGUCUGAACAGCAGCUUGUGGACUGUGCUAGAGCAUUUAAUAACUUUGGCUGCAAUGGUGGAUUGCCAUCCCAAGCCUUUGAAUACAUUAAAUUCAAUGGUGGCCUUGACACCGAAGAAGCAUAUCCUUACACUGGAAAAGAUGAAGCCUGCAAGUUCUCAUCGGAGAACGUUGGUGUCCGAGUUGUCGAAUCAGUGAACAUUACACUGGGUGCUGAAGACGAAUUGAAGCAUGCAGUUGCAUUUGUUCGUCCAGUUAGCGUUGCAUUCGAGGUAGUAGGUAGUUUCCGUCUGUACAAGGAAGGAGUUUACACCACCAACACUUGUGGCAGUACUCCCAUGGAUGUGAACCAUGCUGUUCUUGCAGUUGGUUAUGGAGUUGAGAAUGGUAUCCCAUAUUGGCUGAUCAAGAACUCUUGGGGAGAAGACUGGGGCGACAACGGUUACUUUAAGAUGGAGAUGGGGAAGAACAUGUGUGGUAUUGCAACCUGUGCAUCAUAUCCUGUCGUGGCAGCUUGAUUGUGAAGAUUUGAUGAGCUCUUGGAUGAGUGGUUUGUGGUGUGCGAUACUAGUUUCAGUAAUGUAAUAGGAAUUUGCAUCCAAGGUGCAUGCCCAUGUGUAUUGAUGUACGAAAAUAAUACGCCCUAUUUCCCAAUAUAAUGUAUAGACCUUUGUGCUACGAGUACCGUGAUGUGGUACCAUUUGCAGUCAUGUAGAACACAAUGCCUUGUUUAAAUCAAUUGCAGCAUAUAUUUUUAUUUGAGAA